AUGGAGCGCCGAGACGACGACAAAGGGACUAGCACGACUAGUGGCGCGUCUCUUGAAGAACGUCUGAGGAUGGCCUCCCUCAACGCUUGGCACAAUCGCAUCUCUGACUUUCCUGCCGCCUACACCUACGUUGAGCCUCCCAAGACUGACGCGAUUGACAUCAGGCCGUUUCUCAAAACUCCAAGCGAUGAAGAGCAGGCUCUGAGUGCGCAUAACACGGACAAGCCACCCUUCCCUCGCCCAGUCGAGUCUCCCUCUUCCUCCUCCUCGUCGCAACAACAACCGACACCUUCCACCUCUCAAACUCAUUCUUCCAUCACAUCAGAAGACAUGGAUCGCCGACUUCGCCAGAACAAGCCACGCCUGUUGCUGAUGGGCCAGCGCCGAAGCGGCAAGUCAUCCAUCACCAGUGUGGUUUUCCACAAGAUGCCUCCCCAAGAGACCCUUUUCCUCGAAUCAACCACCCGUAUCCAGAAAGACACAAUGCACUCCUUCAUGGACUUCCAAGUCUGGGACUUUCCUGGACAGAUCGACUACUUCGAUCCCACGUUUGACACCAACGAAAUCUUUUCUGAGAUCGGAGCGCUCGUCUGGGUCAUCGACGCGCAAGACGACUACAGCGAGUCCUUGAACCGGUUGACCACCACCAUUCUCAACCUGCAAACAACCUUUCCUCACGUCAACGUCGAGGUCUUCAUUCACAAAAUCGACAGCUUGAACGAUGAAUUCCGAGCUGAAAUCUUCCAGGACAUCGCCCAGCGUGUCGGUGACGACUUGAAUGACGCAGGCUACAUCAACCCCAACGUCAGCUACCACAUGACCUCCAUCUACGACUACUCCAUCUUCGAGGCAUUCAGUAAGGUCGUCCAAAAGCUGAUUCCUCACCUUGGCACUUUGGAGAACCUCAUGAACACACUUGUCAACAACAGCGGUAUGGCCAAAGCCUACCUUUUCGACAUCCUCAGCAAGAUCUACGUCGCCAGUGACACAAGACCCAUUGACAUGGAGGUGUAUGAGAUGUGUUCCGAUUACAUCGACGUCAUUGUCGACAUCACCGACCUCUACGGACACGAACGCAAGCACGGCUUGGUUCUUGGCGAGCAGAUGCAGGAGACAGAGUCUUCCAUGACAAUCCAUGACGGUACCAUGAUCUAUCUCAAGGAAAUGAAUCGGUACCUCUGCCUCGUCACCGUCAUCAAAAACGACGACGCCAAGAACAAGAAGGGGUUGAUCGACUACAACUGCCACAUUUUCCAAGACGCCCUCAACCAAGUCCUGGCACAGGGUUGGAAUGCAGAAAAGGCCACAGGCACCGGGGAGGGUGCAGAGCAGAAUGGCGAGGGCGCAGCCCAGGAGGCAGCGCAGCCAGAGCACUGA